CUUGGCUCUGGCUCACAGUUCAAUCACAUACUAAAACAUUCGUAUUAUUGCUCAAGAGACAUAAAACAUACUCAAGUAUGAGAUUAAGAGCAGUAACAAGCUCUACAUUCCUUCUCAUAAUAUUAUCUUCUCUAUUUGUUGAUGUAUCUGUCUCAGCAUCUUUCCUACCAGCAUUAAUCAAAGGAAUCCCGUUGUGGCUCAAAAACAGCAGAACAAGUAAAUUUUCCAGCGUCUGGAAUAAACUGAAGUCACUCUUCACGUUCAAGAAAGGACUAAAGCUUGGAGACGUAUACAAGGGUUUGUCCGAAGUGAAAGAAUAUUUAGACAUAUUCGGAUACUUAAACUCUACUUUGAAUUCAAACUUCAACGACACUUUCACCCUCGAGCUCCAAUCCGCAAUAAAACAAUACCAGAAAAACUUCAACCUCCAAGUCACGGGGCAGCUAGACCAAGACACGUAUAGCAUGAUAUCGCAGCCACGGUGCGGUGUUCCCGACGUCGUCAACACGACGUCGUUUACGCGGUGGUGGAAACCGGGGCGGAGAGAGCUGACCUACGCUAUUCACCCUCGGAAUAACGUCUCUAACGGCGUCAAGGUUUUGUUACGCGACGUUUUCGCGCGGUGGUCGAAUGCGACGUCGUUGGGGUUGGCGGAGACGGCGUCGUUCGAUGGCGCGGACGUUAGGGUUGCCUUCGUGGUGUUGGAUGGAGAAGGUGGAACGGUGGGGGGUGCGGAGACGAACUACAGUGCGCGUUUUGGGAGCGUGUAUUUGGAUUCGGAGGAGAAGUGGGUGGUGAAAGGUGAGAGCGAUGAGGGUGAGGUGGAUUUGGAGUCUGUGCUGAUGCACGUGGUUGGUCACGUGCUAGGGUUAGGGCAUUCCUUUGUGGAAGAGGCUGUCAUGUACCCGAUCGUGUUGCCCGACAAGAAGAAGACCAAGUUAGCGUAUGAUGACUUGCUCAGGAUUCACCGAAUAUACGGUGAAACCUAGUUCUUAUUUAGUGUUUAGGUAAUAAUGUAUCCUUUCUAUUUUGCUUCUUUUAAUCAACCUCCAAGUUGGGUCUAGAGUGCUCAAAACCCUCUAAUUUACCUCUCCUAUUUUAUUUUAUUAGUAAAA